AUGUCAUUUUCUAAAAUAGUGAAAAUAAUAAAGGAUCUGAAGAAAACAUCAUUAGAUUGGUUUGCUAACAUACUAUAUGAUUAUGCUGGAUUUGUGUAUGAACGACCAUGUAAAAUAAUUUUUUUUAGUUUAUUGGGAUGUUUAUUGCUUAGUCUUGGAUUUUGUUAUAGAGAACAUGAAAAAGAUAUUUACAAAUUAUAUUCGAUAUCCAAUUCUUAUGCUUGCGAAACAAAUGAAAUGAUAAACGAUUUUUUUCAAAAAAGUAGAAAAGCCAUCAUACUUGUAGAAUCUAAUUGUAAUUUAUUAAAACCACAUAUUCUUAAAAAGUUAAAAGAAUUUGAAGAUGGUACGAAACAAAUAAAAAUAGAUCUUACAGAAAUUAAUGAAUGUAAAAAGGAUUCAGAAGUUCCCGUUGUUCAGACAGAAGCAGCUAAGGAGGUGUAUGAAAUGCUUUUGAAGAAUCAAGACAUUAAUGCGAAUUUGGAUUGGAAACCUAACUAUAAAAGAUUCAACUUCAAUUUUGCACUUAAUAAGUUACUAGGGCUGAAGAAUAAAUUGACAGAGUCAAAAAGUGGAGACACCACAAAAAAUGCCACUACAGGGAAAGGAGGAAAAGGUAAGAAGAAAAAAGGAAAAAAAUCAAAAGCAGAAAAUUCACCUAACCAUAAGAGUGAUGAACAGGAUGGAGAUGAAAACAAUGACGAUGAAGAUAAUGAUGAUGAAGAUAAUGAUGAUGAAGACGAUGAUGAUGACGAGGACGAUGAUGACGACGAUGACGAUGAUGAUGAUGAUGAUAAAAAUAAAAGUAAUAGCGAAGAAGAUAAAGACAAGGAGAGCGUGAAAAAGAAAAAUGGUGGUAGUGGGGCAGGACUUCAAGAAAAAAUAAAUAGUUUAAUUGUAGAUAGAAUAAAAUGGAUAAACCAAAAGAUGACAAAACUGUUAUUUGGAAAAAAGAAAUCUUCAGAGGAAAAUAAAGUGUCAAAAAUAAAUCUAACAAAUUUUAAGGAUGAUCAUUUUUAUCCUCCAUAUUAUGUUCCACCAAUAUUGAAAAAAGGAGAUAGAUGUAUUUUACAAAAUGUAUUUAAGGAAAAAAAUCUGAACAUCAAUUUGAGAGACACAAGUGAUGCUUUGAAGAAACAAAUAACAUUCAGUUUGGAAGACAUAUGUGAAAAGAAGUACAACGAUUGCAAUUUUAGCUCUAUCUUUUUGUAUUAUGAAAAUGGUAAUGCAAAGUAUGAAAAUCCCAUAAAAGUUGAUAACCUAGAUUUUUAUGUUAAUAGGAAAACUUUUAAAGAAAUGAUGCUCAAAGGAAUUCUUGGAAAUAUACAAUAUAAAGAAAGUCCAUUCAGUUAUACUAUCACAUCUGCUAAUGCAUUAAUGACAAUAAUCCCUUUGUUAAACUCGUACAUGUAUGAACCAUAUGUAUUAUCAUAUGAAAAAAAACUUAUCGAUUAUGUACGAUAUUAUAACAUUGAUGAUGUUAUACAAGAUGAAGAAACAAAUGAUGGAAACGAUCCUUAUGUUAAAUUCCAUGUGUUUACUGAAAGAAGUUUGGAAGAUGAAGUAGAUAGGAUUUCAAAAAUUGAUAAUUUAACAAGGCUUCUCUUCAUCAUUGGUGUAUGUUUAAUAUUUAUGUAUGCCUUAUUUAAUAAUGUAACAUCUGUUCUUUAUCGAAGUAAACCAUUAUGUGCUGUCAUGGGGAUAUUGUGUGGUUUCUUAGGCUAUCUUGCAGGAUCAGGAUUUUUAUUUUUCUUAGGUGUCAAAUCAGUUCCUCCAGCAGAAACGGUACCCUUUCUGGUUAUCGGGGUUGGUGUAGAUGAUGUUUUUGUAAUUUUAAAUUCUUAUUCAUUACUUUUCAUGAUUAAAGACAACAAGAAAAGAAUUCAGUUAUGUCUCAAGGAUAGUGCAUUAGCAAUAACAGUUACAACUUUGACAAAUAUAAUUGCAUUUUUGAUUAGUUCCGUUUCACCAUUCUAUUCUAUAUGUAGUUUCUCCUUGUUUACUGCAAGUUCUCUCUUCUUUGGAUAUCUCAUGGUUUUGACAUUACUUUUAAGCUUUCUCUGCAUUGAGGGAAAAUUGGAGAAUAAUAAGAAGAAUAUCUUUUCUGGUACUGCCUUGCUUUUUUGUUCUGUCUUCAAGAGAAAGAAGAAGGUUCAAGCUGCAUCUUCUGAUGUACUAAGUGGAGGAGCAACGGGAGGAGGGGCAGCGGGAGGAGGGGCAGCGGGAGGAUGCCAAGGUGGCAGCAGCGAUAAUAACCUUUCUUUAGAAAUGCCACCAAAUGAAGAUGAGUCUAGAAGAACUUCCAUCGAAUAUGAAAAUAUCUCCAUUUAUGAAUGGAUUCACAAUCUCUACCUUUUUGAAGAAUCAUUUAAUAAGAAGAAAAAAAACGCUACUGUAUAUUCAUCUAACGAAAUAAGCAGUAAAGGCUGCAACAAUGAAAAUGGAAUUCAAAUCCACACGAAUGGACAUGAACAACAACCCCAUGAUGAACUCACGUUGGAAAAUACUUCCCUAAGAAGGAAAGACAUGAAAAUGACAAAAGGAAAAACAACACAAACAACAACAAGCAAUAAUAACAAGAAUGAAAAAAUAAUAAAUAAUGAAUCUCCUGUGGAUACUCCCACUCCUCCUGUACCCAUGGAAGAUGAAGAACAACCAAAAAUCACAUCAGAAAUGAUAGAAAAAGAAGAAUUAGAUUCAUCAGGUAUCAAGAGGCAUGGUAAAAAGAAGAUAAUCAUGGAAAAUGAUAUAUUACCAAAUGGUAGUAGUGUAAGUCCGAACAUUUCCUCCUCAUUGAAUGGAAAUGAUAUAACAAUUUUAACACACAGUGGUGGAAAUAUUGCACCGGGACCUCACACGUUACAAAGAGAUAGAAAUAAUCAGAUGCAGGAUCAUCAUGGAAAGGAAAAUUUCAGUCAUGUGAUAGGGUCACACCAUUAUUACAACAAUAGCAAUAACAAUAAUAAUUCGAUAGAGUUAGCCACAAAGGAUACAAUUCAACUUAUAAAUUUAAAUGAAACAGAUAAGAAAAAUAUCUACCUACUUAGCUCACAUGACAAUGCAUUAUUCUAUAAAUAUAUAUAUGAAGAACCAAAAGGAAACAUUGGAAAGUAUUUCAGAUCAAUUGUAAAGAAUUAUUAUGUUCCAUUUCUUUCAUCGAAAAGGGGGAAAGCAAUUGUAUACAUAAUUUUCACCAUCAUUUUGAUGCUAUCCAUUUAUGGAUGCACGUUAAUGAAAAAAGGAAUAAAAUAUGAUAAAGCAUUUCCUGUAGAUUCAUACGUUCGCUUAUUUACAGAAGCAAAAAUGAAAUAUUUUCCACAACUUGGAGACUUAAUCGAGGUGUACUAUUUUGAUAAAGACUUUAUUAAAAAGUAUCGCAAGUUAAACAAGAAGGUGGAUGAUGAUUCUGGUGAUAAUGAUGAUGCAUUGAAAUCAUCAUCGUUCCUGUACAAGGAUAGAACUGAUAGAGAAAUGAUGAAGAAUCCAAAAUUGAAUAAAAAUAUUCAUUGGGAAAUGAAAGAUUUACAAGAUGAAUUAAUCGAAAUGCAUGACCAGCUGGAAGAACAAGAUUUUGUAUCAGGAGUUGCAAAUGGAUUUACACUUUUUCUAAACAGUAAUGCUAAAAAAAUAAAGGAUCAGAAUUAUGAACAAUUUUAUAACACAUUUGUUGAUUGGAUUGAAAAUGAUUAUAUGGGAAAUCUUUUUAAAAAUGACUUUAUAUUUUUAAACAAAAAAUUAAUUGCAUGGAGAUAUUAUUAUUUUCAAAAUAAUGUAGACGAUUCUGAAAUAUCCUCAAAAUGGUUAAAAAUAUGUAAAAAUAUUACACACUUGGAGAAUCAUAAUGUACAAAUGCUAUGCUUUCACAUUAGUUCCAUAUUUAACGAGACAGAUGAAGCUAUUAUUGAAGUUACCUUGAUCAAUCUUGGCAUUACUAUAAUUACAAUUCUUAUUGUUACUGCUUAUAUUAUCAAAGGAUUCAACUCGUGCCUUAUCAUUGCUGUCAUAAUCUUCCUCAUUGAUUUAUGUAUCUUUGGUUUUAUGUGUCUUUGUGGCAUCACUGUCAACAUCAUUUCGAUGGUUAUCUUGGUUCUCUCAGUUGGCUUUUCCAUCGAUCACACAUCGCACAUCGUCCAUGCCUUUACCCACAGUAUUGGAAGAACGAGAGAUGAAAAGAUGAAGGAAAGCUUGCACCUCAUGAUAGGGCCCGUCAUACAUAGUGGUCUCUCCACGUGGUUCGUCAUAAGCACCCUCUUUUUCUCGAACAAAGAUUUCACUGUCAUUUUCUUCCAAACGUUAACUUUGGUUUUACUCUUUUCGAUAGCAUUUUCUUCCAUGUUUUUACCCGUACUUCUCUCAAGCUUUGGACCCCUAUAA